CUGUGCCCUCGUGUCGUGAGCACGCUCAUCAGGCUCAAGCAUAUGCCACUAAAUAUUCGGAGAACCUCCACGGCCAACCUCCCCUUCGUUAUCACCCUUGGUAAUCCACUAUAUACAAUGGAUUGGUAGCGAGCAAUUGAUUACAUUGGGUGACCAUCAUCAGUGAUUACUAGUACUAUAUAUUAUCAGCGAGUUGAUCGGCAGCUAGCUAGACUAGAAGUGAACCAAAGCAAGAUCAGGCCGGGAUGGUGCAGUUUGGCAAGUGGCUGAGGAGGCAGAUCGAUCAGAGCCUGCCGGAGUGGCAGGACCAGUUCCUGCGCUACAAGGAGCUGAAGCGCUGCGUCAAAGCCCUCUCCGGCGUCUGCCCGCCGCUGCCGGCGGAGGAGGCCGAGUUCGUCGCCGAGGUCGACGCCGAGACCGAGAAGAUCAACGCCUUCUUCCUGGACCAGGAGGAGGAGUUCAUCAUCCGCCACCGGGAGCUGCAGAACGACAUCAAGCGCGCGCUGGACCGCAGAGCGGCGGGCGCCGCCGUGCCGGUGACCCCGGCGCAGCACGACGCCGAGGUCGCCGCCAUCCGCAGGGAGAUCGUCAACUUCCAUGGCGUCAUGGUGCUGCUCCUCAACUACAGCAGCAUCAACUACAUAGGUCUUGCCAAGAUCUUGAAGAAGUACGACAAGCGCACGGGCGCGAUGCUGCGGCUGCCGGUGAUGGAGACGGUGCUGCAGCAGCCUUUCUUCAAGACGGAGACGGUGUCGCAGCUGGUGCGGGAGUGCGAGGCCAUGAUGGAGGCCGUGUUCCCGGAGGCGCCCGAGGGCCAGGCCGCGGCGGCGGCGCUCGCCGUGGCGGAGGCGGAGCAGAGCAUCUUCCGCAACACCGUGGCCGCGCUCCUCACCAUGCAGGACGUCCGCAAGGGGAGCUCCACCAGAGGAAGCCACUCGCUGCCGCCGCUCAACCUGCCGGACUCCGACUGGCUCCGGUCGUUCGAGCCGCCGUUUCCGAUCCCAACCCGAUGACAGUAUCAAUUGUUGCUCCUAAUUGGCUUGCCAGCCUCCUCCUUCCUAACUAAUGUAUGUAGCGUGUAGUAAGACUAAAGUAAAUAAUGCAAGUUACUGGAAUGAUAGCUGAGAGAACGGACAAGUUCAUCCUGAAUUGGUUCCAAUUUUGUACAAUCUAUCUGCUGUGAAUUUUGGAAACUGCUAGUUUCAAAUUUCUCAUGGA